UAAAAGUAUUAAUUCAAACAAGGACGUGCUUUCAGUAUUCUUUCCUGUUAGACGGGUCUAUAUUUCACUGGUAGAUAGAAACAGAUAUUGAACGGAAUUGUUCCGUGUUAUAUGUGGUUUGGAUAGUUAACAUGGAGAUAUUUUUAAUCUUAUAUGUACUCCAGUGUCUCUGUAAUCUUUUGACCGCCUACAAUGUUGACAUACAGAAGCCUUUGAUAUAUCGUGGGACCGCGAAUGAUCAGUUUGGAUACACGGCAGAAAUCCUGACAAACCAUAACAAAAAGCAGGUACUGAUUGGAGCACCUGAAAAACGUUAUUCUGAGGACAAAAACGUCACAGGCAUGUUGCUUUCCUGCCCGGUACAACUACAGGAAACGGAAACCAUGUCACGACAUUGCGGAGAAAUACAACCAAAUAUGUCUCUUGCCAGGAGAUUCGCCUCCACAAUUUAUAAGCACGGUGAUUCAAUUCUGGCGUGCUCUCCGCUCAGAGGACAUACCUUGGAUAGUGACAUAACGACAGGAGGAUGCGAAGUCUUUUUUAGAAAUAUGUCUCGGCAACCAUCUGAUAAAUAUCUUAACAUAAGGGGCCGCAUAGAUGAAAACAGGAAACAUCACAUACGAGGGAUGUAUGGUUUUUCCGUAACAGCUGAGAGCGAAGAUUCAAGCAUAAUUCUUGGAGGACCAAACGCUUGUGGGAAUGAUGGUGGAUUGGCGAUAUUCAACGGUUCAAGCGCAAAUUAUCUGUACAGCGGCAGGGACUGCUCUCGUCUGCUAGGAGGGUACUACUUCGGUUACUCAUUAGACACAAUAGAUGCUGAGGGAACGAAAAUGUACGUUGUCGGAAAACCUGGCUUCGCUAACAAAAAUGGCGUCAUAGGACUGGUGGAGGUUGUUCUUAAUACAAAAUCACAGCUGCAAUCCAAAAAGCAAAUACCUGGUUUACAGGCAGGCGGAGGAUUUGCCCAGUCUCUAUGUGUUACCGAUGUUAAUGCUGAUGGUAUGGAUGAUAUUAUUGUCGGGGCUCCUUUGGAGUAUGUAAACUUGACUGAUCAAUCCUCGAUUGAGGUCGACGUGGGGAGAGUAUACGUGUUCCUUGGAAGCAACGAGAUAAUCAGGGACGAUGGGAUUCCUAUCACUGGGGAUAAUGUAUUCUUGAGCAGAUUUGGAACAGCUCUAGCUGCGCUCGGAGACAUUAAUGACGACAAUUACAGAGACCUUGCUGUUGGAGCUCCGUUUGAGAAUGAAAUGAGGGGUGCUGUUUACAUCUUCAACGGAUGUUCAACUUCGUGUGUGAAAAACUGGCAAUAUUCGCAGAAAAUCCUAGCAGGAUCAAUCCAUGUAGACUUGCGGGGCUUUGGUUUCUACAUCUCACGGUCGCAAGAAGACAUCGAUGACAACGAAUACAGGGAUUUUGCUGUUGGAUCUUACAGUUCUGGAAUGGCUGUAGUUUUAAGAUCUCGACCACUUGUAUCUAUUGAGCCAACAAUUCACUUUACACAAAACCCGAUACCAUUAAAUUCAUCCGGACUCGGCUGUUCCGCAGUGAAUGAUCUUCCGUGUCUGGAAAUACAAGUUUGCUUUAACCUAACAGGAAGAGGUGUUUUGUCAAGUACAUAUAUCAAUUUUUCUCUCGUGGGCGACACAAUGAUGACGAAACCACGUAUACUAAUUGAUGGGGAUAAGAACAGACUUGACGUUACAGAUUUUCGUGUAAACAAAAGCAGUUCUUCAUGUACGGAUUUGGAAAUACACGUUGAGGAGGCUGGCAUACCCUUUUUCAACUCUAUCAACGAACCUAUAGUAUUUAUGGUCAAUUUGUCUCUCAGUGGAAAAUCGUCGGAUUUGGAGGUCUUGCCUAUUUUGAGAAAGGAAUCUGUGACCUCCCAUCAAAACAACGUGACCUUCAAGACAACUUGUGGAAGAAUGGAACAUUGUCAACCACACUUUGCAGGAAGUAUUUCAUCCCUUGUUAACGAUGACAGUGGGGAGUAUGAAACUUUUCGAAUGGGUAUCAUUGUUAGAAACCACGGGGACCCGGCAGUCAACACCGUCAUUGAAAUAUCGAAAGAACCAGAAAUAGAAUUUUCAGGAUUUGUUAUUUUUCAAGAUACAAAACAAGUUUCGUGCAAUGACAGCAAUCCAACUACUGUUUUGUGUGAUGUAACCGAAAGCCCCUUCUUCCAACACCAGCUUGUCAAUAUCAGUAUCGAUUUCAGAAUAAAUUCACAAUAUGAUGGUGCAAGAGGUUUUGUGGACAUUCGUAUUGGAGUUCGUUAUGUUCCAAGCGGUCAGAGUAUUACGAACAGAUCCGAUAUUUCACAAGUUCGUAUAGAAAGGAGGUCUGUGGUGACGGUGGGUGGCGAACCUAGAGAAGACCAAAAAGAACUCGACAGUACCUCCAAAGCAUUACUUCACAAAGAGAAGUUCCAUGUGUACAACAGCGGGCCCAGUGCCGUGGAUGGAUUACUUCUACAAAUAAGUGUACCAUGGGCCGUUGAUGGUGUCAAGCUAUUGAAUGAUAUUAACUACAACAAAGAUAUAUGCAAGUUAAAAGCGCCUUCACAGAGCACCGAUCCAUUAGCCCCAUCAGUUGAUGACGAUGGCAUCUUAAAUAUUAAUUGUUCCAAACCAGCGGUUGAUUGUCAUGUACUAGAAUGUACAUUACGAAAGCUAAUGAAGAAAAGUUCGGAUGUCGUGGACCUUCAUAUAAAUAUCACAACGAAUAUAUUGAAUUUUCUAGAUCGAGUGCGUGUUGUAAAUUACAUCACUUCCGGCAGACUUCUAUUGUCCAACAACUCGACAUUUGAGGGACGGUUACAAACGAUAAACGGAGAGAUAAUUUUGAAGAUUAUAUCAAAACACAUUGCUUUCGAGUCCAGCAAAAUUGAUCUCGGCGUGGUGAUUGGGGGCAGCAUAGGGGGACUUGUAUUCUUGAUACUCCUGGGACUGGCCCUGAAGAAAGUUGGGUUUUUCGAACGCCAAAAAAGAGAGCAAGUUGAUGAGUAUAAACGUCGAACUGCGAUCAUGAAAAGACAAUCGAGGAUGUCCAAGAUGUCCAAGGCAUCUAGAAGCGGUGCAGCAUAAGAUGAUUUGUGUUUAUGAACUGGUACAUAUACAGAUGAUGCAACAUAAGAUUAUUUGGUUUAAAAACUGAUAUUUCAACUUUAUUAAUGUAUAUACCUAUCAAUGUUUCGUUUUUAUACUGUUGAUUUCACAAAGUGGAUCCGAUUUUCUGGAUCACCACAUUAGCACAAUGGUUUUCCAUAUCAAUAUCAUCUGAAACUAAUGACGUCAUGUAAUGCAUCAACGCAACGUUUUCUUGUGGAAAAUGUCGACUGCGUCACAAAUAAAACUGCGUACGCAAAAUAUAAUUUCACUGAUUUCA